GGGCGCUGCGUUUCGAAAUGCGGCACUGGUAUAUACACACACCCAUCACCGUGCUUCGUCUACAGCCCAGUCUUGCGCAAGACGUGGUUCAAGCGCGCGCAACAGUGAACGCGUUGAAGGCAAAGCAUUGCCGAAAGGAAAUGCGCCCGUCACCAUCAGGCCUCCAACAACGAAUUUCCACAGGUAGUAUCACUAUGGGUCUCAAGAAGCUGAUCAAGUGGGCCCUGGUGUGCGGCCAGCGCAAGAUGCAGUCCCGGAAGUCGCCCAUGCACUUCGUCUGCAGCAAGUCGUACGCUGAUGGAAAUCGGGAGACACGGCGACUGCUGGUUCUCCUGGAAGACCUUCGGCAGCUAUACGCCGCCGCGUGGGGCAAGGUGAUGGCCAGCCUGGAGACCUGCUUCGACGCGAUGCAGGGCCGCGAACCGGGCCUCCUGAAGAGCAUGUGCUCCGUGGUGCUGCUAUGGGUGCAACUGGGUGACACAGUGGCCAAGGACUUCGACCCCGACCUGUGGCGCCAACCGACGCUACAAAGCAUCAACGACCUCAACGACGCCCUUCUGCGACUCUGGAAGGUCGCCAUGGACAAGACCGCCGAACUCGUCUACAAGAUCAUUCCCGUGACGCCGCCGGACGUCGCCAUGGUGAUCGAGAAGGAGUACCAGGCCUGUCGCCAGGAGACGUGGUCGCUGUUCCAGGUGACGCCGGAGACGCUCGAGAGCUACGUGGACACGCUCAAGGUGUACACGAGCAACAUGUCGCUCUGGCACCUGGACGAACGGAAGUUCCUCAACACGGACGCCACGUUGGUCAAGUCACUGAGCCAGUUGAACAUCGCAGCUUCCUAACCCACACUCUUGAGGAGGCCACGCCGCCUUGCGAACCGUUGAAAACAGUGGCGCGAGAUAUGGUGGUCGACUAGACUGAAUAAGGAUCCAGCUAGUCUUUUAAGUUAAGAAAGUUCAUUGAGCGAAUGCCAAAGCAUGAAAAAAAAAACGCAUGUAAAAGCGAGCUUGAGUGCGCCUCCCUGUUCUAUCGCGCCGCGUUAUUACCGUGGGUGCGCAGCAGGCUCGUGCUAUUGCUUAUUGACAUUGAAAAUCGACUUUCGUCGUCUGAUUUUCGGCAAUGUGCAUGUUUUUUUUUGACUGAGGACUAGACAGGUUUUGCAUUGUGUAAAAGCUUUUCACCAAAACCCACACCACGAACAUUUGCACCUCAUACUCGGAAAAAAAAGUGGCGGGAACUAAAUCUAGUUUAUUUGUCAGCCAUCUUUAGUAUAAUUUAUUUACCUGUGGCAUCAUUUUGCUUGAAGUUACGCGAAUAAGGAAACGAUUAACAUACAAGAUUCCUAGCACUAAAAGCGCUGCAUGCUAGUAAGGCAAAGGCAGAUAUGAUAAGACCAGUUUUUUAUACUUUUUUUUUUCAGAUUUUAAACUCUCGCGUGGACUGGCAUGACACUUCACGAUAGUCGGCGAUUCUUUUCCAAGCUUUGCUGUUUUUUUAAUUACAUCAACUCAUGAAAGGACAACAAGCCCAAGUCACACAGCAACAUUUGUGACUCGCCAAUUUCGCACGACGCGUGAGACCAGCACCCGUUCUGGUACCAGAACGGCGUUGGCACCUUGUAAAUAAAAACUGCCGAACUACGUGAUCUGCCACGCAACGUUGUCGCGUACCGCCAUAUUUGUACAAAACAAGCUGUUUCGUCGGUGUUCUGUGUAUGCCGCCACGUGUGUGUGUGUUCGUGAAUUUGUCUGUAUGUGUAAUAAACAAUACUAAAGUGCAAAA